AAAUCGUCCGAUCGGCCAAAGCUACGCGGAGCUCUUUGUACGGGCAAACACCGACGAACUCGGCAAUUUCGGGUGAAAAUUUGUCGUGCCGAUUUGUUGGAAUAGAAAUCAACGUCUUCCGCCGGAUGAAUUCCAACGGGAGUUUCCGCAGAUCGGACUCGACUCGUCGCCCCAGGUCGGAGACCCGAGGACGAGCCGAUGUAUCCUUCUUUUCAAAUUAAUUAGAACCUGUAAUCGAUCAUCGCCGUCGCCUUUAUACGCGGUCCGAUGCACCCGUGAGACGAGUGGGUGGAUUUUUAUCCAUCGAGAAGGUCCGCGGUAUCAAUCCUCCGAGUCUUCCCUCGCUUCGUCUCUUUCCGCCGGUUUUUCACCCCCGCCUCUUUCUCAUUCCUACUACUUCGGCAUCCCGCUGCUAUAUUAUCACGUGAGAAGCCUUCGCUCGUUGAAUUCGUACGUGCUCCGGCACGUGUCUACCUCGUGGAUACACGACGUUGGGUGAUUUCGUUUCGUUAUAUUUAAUAUAUCUGUAACGAAGAGCAAGAGCGAAAAAACAGAGAACGUAAUUCAACGAAGGAACGACGGUGCCAGCCGCCUCUUUACCGCUGUAAAUUUCCAUCAUUUUGCCACCGAGUUGUCAUUCAAUUUCAAGAUUCAUCGGAUCUCGCGGACGAUUUUUGACACCGUACGACGUCGCAGCGAAUUUGAAAAGCGCCGUCAUUUCCGCACAAAUUCGGCGACCUCGGGUGUUACUCGCGCGUUUCCCCAUAAUUGUGGGCGACGUGCGGCAGGGGUAACAUACCGUAUCCGAAUCACCUCGAACGAUCAACACUUUACCGAAAUUACCUCUGGAAUCGCGCUAAAAUAUUCCGCGUAGCGUCACCCACUCAUGCCGAUGAUGAGCCGCGCAGCGUUUCCCUCAAGCGCGAGAUAUCCUACCCGUAGUCGGAGGUAACUCGAAUUAGAUAUCGACAAUUAACAAUAAUGUAUCAAUUAUGGUUCCUUCGUCUUGCACGUCGUAUACGUGAGAUGGAUACGUACGGGCAAAGGUACUUUAAUAACUUGUAUAUCCGGUAACCGUUGAGUACAUUUAUCAGAUCUCGAUAUUUUCAGAGCCGUCUAUUUGUACACGACAAAAAUAAAUGAAGUGAAAAGAAUCAUUGACCAGACGUAGAAACGCGACGUUCGAGAAAUCACCAUGAUUUUCCAAUCGGAGUUCGCCAGUUUCCUUUCCGACUUCUCGUCAUCCGUCGCGGUUAUUCUUCGUUCUGAUUUCUCCCCCCUGCCCCGAAACGCUAUCCUUGGUAGAAAUAAAAAUUCAGCCGGCUAAAUCGGACGUGUGUACACCGCGACGUAACAACGUAAAGACAGCCGCGGGUAAGGCACGGCGUCUGUCGAAUGAUCGAGCGUUUGCCGCUGCUCGGCGUAGAUUAGAAAUUUCUCUACGACGAGAGAGCUCUUAUCGACGUUCGCUCGAGCUUCGGUGGUCGGAUGCUCAGGAGUGACGUGUUGUAGCGAUGCGGUGACGCAAUCGAUCAAUGUGCCCGUCCGCCCUCGUCCUCCCGGCUUCGCCGAGGUUUUGGAAGACGGCCACGAGCCCCCUGCAUCGGGGAUGAACGUCCUCGUAUACCUCGAAACGUAUCGCGCCGACAGAGGUACACCUACGUGUGUACGCUAUACCGGUAUGCCGGCUGCAGCCAACGGCGUCGCCCCGGCUCAUCUUUGCCUUUGUUCUCAUUUCUCUCACUUUACCUCAAUUUUCACCCGAAGCUUGAACCUUGUAAGCCUCGUAGCUGUUCACUCAACUUUUACCCGACGUUGCCUUCUGCUCGUGCAGCAGCUCCUCGUUUGAAAAAGGAGGGCGGGUCUCGAGCUAAGAAUAAAUUCACAUUGUUUAGAGAGACUUCCUUCCACGUUACGGUGCAGCGACGAACUCGGGGAUGUACGCGAGUAUUUAUCUAGAGGAGAUUCUCGUUGAAACUUUUUUUUUAAAAAAUGAAGAGAAAGAAGGGUGAAAAUGACCAAUUUUCUUUCGGAAUGAGGAUUUCUGUAAACAGGUAGGUACGUACGCGUACCCGAGUGCAGAGGAAUGGCGAGAGAUACGUAUGUUGAAAUGCAAAAACUGUAAUUGCCGUCACGGACGGGACCAUUUAACGGAGCCAGCGGAAAAAUUCCAAAGCUCGGAAGUCGACAACCCGCCGGAGUAUAGAGGAAAUCUCCAGGAAGGGGUCAUCGACGUCUGCGGAGAGAGUGCUUUUAACCCGCACUUAUAUCUCGUCAUCCGUUGUGCACUCACACGUGCGAAUUUUCUUUAGACGUGUUCACUUUCCUACUCGUAUUCGUAUCAACUUGUACGCGUACACGUAAACGUGUAUAACAUCGUUUCGAAGUGUAGAACUCGAGUUUGCUAGUUGGGCAAUUAGCAGUUUCCCGACUACGAUUACGCAAACGACACCCUCUUAUGUAUAAUUUAAAAAUGCGAAACCGAGAACCCAGCCGGCGAGUAUAUAAUUAUAACUUUUGAUCUCCGAUCGCUCGUUCUUCGAUCCAACGAUCUCAGUCCGCGCAAUCUCACGUGACGUUUCCAUGCUCGAUUUACUUCGAGAGCGAGGUGAAAUCGCAAUAACCGGGGAAUUCGUUCCUUAUUCUUUAUUUCGCCCGAUGCGUUCUAUCCCCGGUGUCCGAUAUUCGUCCGAAACGUUUCUCCAAUAUUUCUCGGUUCGUCGUGGUCGAGGGUGAACGAUAAAAAAUGUCCGAGUGCCUCGCCGCACCGGGUCGUCGCGACUCGCGUCGAUCGCGUUUCAAGUAGUAAUAACCGACGUUCGGUCAGCCCUGAUACAGAUGGAAGCACGGGAAUUUCAUCGCUUCGUUGAAACUAUCACUGCUACCGAAUCGCAGCGGUAAAAGCAUGUCGGUUCGAUAUUGUUCGGGGUCGAUUGAUUCUCGGGGUGUUUUUCAUAUUCCGGUCCCACGUCUACUUUCCUCUUCCGUCCCCAAUUUUGAACGCCUCCGAUGUAGGGGACCGAUGUACGUCGACGGAUUUCAACGAUCGAAGAUCCCCGGAGACCCGAUUGCGUCGAUCUGUCGACGACCGGUAAUCGGAACGCACAUCCGCAAUGGGAUCCGGUAUCAAAAGGGGGAGAAUGAAAAAAGCCGGGGUGGUUGAUUUUCAAACGCUGAUCGAAGCGUCGCGAAUCGCUCUUGACCGAUAUAAUUAUACCUGUUCGCAUUGAAACGAUAAACUUGGACGACGUGACCCAGUGACGGGAUACUCGACCGCCGAUGAUUAGCAAUCUCGAAAGAAAAGAAAUCAAUAAUGCUGGUUAGACAGGCGGUCGUAUUUGUGGGCGAUAUAUGUAAUACAAAGUGCGAGUUGUAUCGGGUUGACGGAUUGAUUGCCCGGUCGUAUUAUAAAACCGUGUGCUGCAUACGUUUGGCGUAAGGGUCGCUCCGAGUGUUUGCGAGGCCACAAGAUAACGUCACGCCUGGUUCCCAUUUCAAGUUACACAAUCUGAUCUGUUCGUCCGUGUGAAUGUACCGCCGCCGCGCUUUCGUUAUCCGGGAUUAUAAAUAAAGGGGGAGGCAGAGGACUCGGUGAUUUCAUACGGCAUUAGGACUCGGCAUUUCAAACCGCAUAUUAUACCAAAGCAUCGCGUAAUGUAACGUCCACGUUGUGUGUUGCAGUUCAGUGACAAUUGUGACUCGGAUUUUUUUUUUGUCGAUUUUUCUCAAUCUCGUAUUUUAGUACGGUCGACGAGGGAAAUAAUUGGGUCAUAUUUCUUCUCUAGGAUUCAAUCGGAGCGAGAUUUAGAGCAAUUGUCAUUGUUGACGUUAAAAAAGAAACGAUACACGCUAUUCGUUUCGAGCGACUCCGAUCGCCGUAUAUGUUUGAAGAUUCGAAGGAACGAAGCAACCGAAAUGGAACGCAGAACCGAAUCGAUGAUCAGCGACGGAACAAGAACGCCUGCGAUCGAUCGCCCGGAUUUCUAAAUUUUCACCCAACAUCCUGCGCUGUUGACGAUCGUUGAAUCGACUUUCCAAUCAUUUUCUAACAUGCCCCGGAAGCUGGCCGCUAAUCGCUGUUACAUACGCUUUUCGACGCGAGUCGAUACGCAGGAGGGAUUCAGAAGAUUUUCGUUCCAAAUUCCGUAUCAAACCGAAUUGCUCGGAGCACACGAUGGAUGAAUUCAGCGAAACAAACGUUUGGUCGUUAGAGCCGACCCCAUGGGGAGUCUACAUAUACAGCGUGGUUAUCCCGGCUAUUUCCACACUCGGUGUCGCCGGAAACGCCUUGAUCCUCGCUGUCCUUAGCAGAAAAAGUCUCAAAGCUUCGACGUAUACUUACCUAGCCGUUCUGGCCGGUGCUGAUCUGGUCACUUGUGGAUUGUUGAUAUUUUCGGGUUUGGCGAGGGGCGUGUUUUGGGGAAAAAGAGGGUGGUUGGAGUUCGAUGCUUUUGUUCAUUUGCCCGUUGGCUCGGUUUCCUCGAACAUCGCGGCGUGGGCGGCGGUAUGCGUUACGUUGGAUAGAUUAGUGCUCGUCUCAGGGCCCCCGAGAAUCAAGCCUCCAAAAUUUUGCAGCGAAGUUGUCGCUCGUAGGUUUAUGAUGUGUUCGUCGUUCUGCGCUAUCGUCUUCAAUAUUCCUUACUGCUUCAUUUACGAGUAUAACGAGAAGGGUCAGUUGACAACCACGCGCUUCUUCAGUUCCUGGAUAUACCUCGUCCAGAAUUGGUUCCAACUGGCGAUGUUUGGUUUUGUUCCGGCAAUUUUCUUAUUUGUGGGAAAUGCAGCGAUGUGCGUCGCCGUUCGACGAAUCAUGAAACACCGGCAGAUACUGUUACAGCGAAAAUGUACUCGCGAGGGAAACUGCUUGCAGGAUCAGGUGCGAUUGACCAUCACUCUGGUUGGCAUAGUCUUCAUGUUUCUCGUGGGCGAAGUACCCACGCAUUUUGCGUCAAGACGGAGCGCAGUUUCCAUCUUAUACGGUGGCGAUGCUUCGAGAGUUGACGAGAACUUUCUAGAAAAGUUUCGAAUAAUCGCUACGCUCCUGAAUGCAAUAUCAAGUUCAGCAAAUUUCAUCCUCUACUGCCUCCUGAGUCCACAGUUUUUAGUGCAACUGAAGCUGUUAAUGACAAGCCAGAGAGCUUUGAAAAACAGAGGCCGUGAUCUGAAAAUGAUUUUCACGGUCGACAUACACACCAAUGAAAGUAGGGACUGCACAACCAAUUCGCAGAGAUGCAGAAGUGCCAUGUUUUGAAAAUUCUCGCUCAGUAACGUAAAAAUCCUUAGAAUCAGACGAGUGAUUCCUGUUGAUUUUUGUGGGCCAUCGGUGAAAUUUCUAGUUAUGCAUGACAUGUGUAGCGUUUUAUAUUUUGAAAUAUUCAGGUGUAGAUAUAAUAAAGAGUCAACAAGAAA